AUGCUGCAUAUGCUGCGUGCGAGGGGUGCUGAUCUGUAUGCCGAGGACGAAGACGGUGGCAACGUGCUCCUAUGGACCGCAGACAGGGGACACACGAAAGUGGUCACGUAUCUGGUGGACGUCGUUGGGAUGGAUAUAAACAUGGUGGAUAGUGCCGGCAUGACUUCCUUGCAUUGGGCGGUCUACAAGAACAGAAUUGACACUGUGCGGAAAUUACUACACAUCAAAGGCAUUUCACUCAGCCUCAAAGAUUCCGAUGGCUACACGCCGGAGAUGUACGCCAAGCAACGCGGUCAUUCACUGGUACUAAAGUGUCUGCACAUGCAUCAGCAAGGUUUAGGAGAACCUAUCGUGAGCCUGCGCAUGGCCGAGAUUACCAGACAGUCGCCCGCAUAUCUGUACCCUAUGUUGUGCUUACCUACCAUGCUGUGGAUAAGCUGGUACACAGCCUCGUUGCCUGCGGCGUUCAUAUUGAACACGUUGGUCAUGAGCUUGUUGAUGGCUCUGAGCACUCCCCGGCUGUACUCGUACGUUAUGAAGAAGGGCGCGGACG